CUUCACCUCCACCAGGGGAUCAGAAUGACGGGAGCCAGACCAAGAUGAAAAAUCCUAUCCCAAGUUUAGGCGACGCAUCCGACUACUUUGUUAGAGCCGCACGCGAAGCGUACAAACACAAUACAUGGCAUGACAAUGGAUCGCUGCAGCCAUGCGGUAGACGCGAGUCUGAAGAUCACCAAAACGACGCCCCAACAAGGCUGGACAUAAAUCAAGUCUUGGAAAAGAUGCCAG